AUGAGAUACAAUUUCUAUUCUGAUAUUUCAAUAUCAUUUUAUCUGGUUGUCGUCUUACUGUACAAAUGCCUUCAGUGCCAAGACUUUUGUCAACAACCUAAAUUACUACAAUAUGAAAAAGUGAUUUACGUCAAUGAUUCAUACUUAUAUUCUCAUCAUUAUAAUUACACAAUGAGAAUAACUCUUAAUCAACCUAAUCCAGUUCAGAAUAGAAAUUUCGAAAAAACAUCUUAUCUUCAAGAAGUUAAACCAAAUUUUCAGUUUAAAUAUUAUGAUAGUCAGGUUAAUAAUUUUAAUGUUUACUCUUAUGGGGCAAUAGAUAUAAAAAAAGUAAACCAUAUCGGACAAAUUGAUCUUUAUAUACCAGGCGAAGAUGGUUCUGAAGUACAGGUUUUGAAUGAAAAGGAUUUAUUCGCUGCCAGAUGGUCUAUUAAAAAGAAUGAUAAUAGUAAACAGGUUACAGCGACGAUAUUUUGUCUGAUAUAUCCGAGUGGGAAAAUAUCAAUCUACUAUGAGGACGUUCCUACAAAAAUUCAUAAAAAUGAACUGCAAUUUAAAAUGAGAGGUAUAUUUUGGUGCCAAACAAACAGUAAUAUAUUUGUUCCUUUGAAAUGGAUCAAAAGUGGAACGUUAGUAGAGUAUGAACCGAUGGGGGAAUCUUGUGCAAAAUACAACACCUCUGAAUCAUGUGAAAAAGCAAGACCAUCGGAUAUAGCAUGUAUUUGGUGUGACAAAAAUAACACAUGCAUUGAUAUUUAUUAUCAGGAUACUGAUUACUUGAAAGAAAAUAACUGCCGUGUUAAGGUUGAAUGGGAAUACCAAAUUUCGUCACUCAGUAGUUUAACGUCAAUUUGUUCAUAUCAUGAUAACAUUCAAGUCUGUGUAUUCGAUGAUGCGUUACUACAACGAUUAUGUGAGGUUUAUCAAACUCCAUUGUCGAAUGCAUCGUAUUGUAGCGGUUUAUCUUUUUGCACACAUCAUAUGAUGCACUCUUAG